CAUUAUUUUUAUUCAUCACCCAAAAUCUGAGACAAAACCCUUCACCAAUAUUCUCGAAUUGCACUUCAAGAUUAUAGACCUCCACUUUCUUUGGAAAUGGAAAUCAUGAAAUUCAAGUAACAGUUCUACUAAAUCCACUAUCCAUCAUCAGGGUAGGAUGGAAGAUCCAAGCGAAGAGUGGGAAAUCGAAAAUGAAAAUGGGUCUUCUUCUUUUGAAGAAGAAAAGAUUGAGAAAAGUAGGAUGGGUUGGAUCCUGGACAAAAGUCUGAGCUUGGGAAAGAAGGUAGUGAUUACUGGUAUUGUAAUAUCAUCUGCUCCACUGGUUCUUCCUCCUCUUGUUGUUAUUUCUGCAAUUGGGUUCGCCUUUUCGGUUCCUUUUGGGUUUGUCUAUGCCAGUUACGCCUGCAGUGAAAGGCUCAUGAGCAAAUUGCUGCCGGAAACUGUGCCAUCUGUUUCGUGGGAUGAUCAAAAUUUGACAUAUGAGGAGGAACGAGGAGGAGGUGGAAAUUCUUCCAUUGUUAAGGGGGAUUUUGAUGCAGUUGCAAUGGGGAAAGAGGAAACGGAACAUGAGGAGGAACGAGUAGAAGAAGCACCCGAAAAUGCAUCCCUUGUUAAGGGGGAUUCUGAUGUAGUUGCAGUGGAAGAAGAGGAAAGAGAACGAGAGGAGGGACGAAUAGAAGAAGAAGUUGAAAAUGCAUCCCUUUUAAAGGAGGAUGUAGUUGCAAUGGAGGAAGAGGAAAAGGAACAAACAGAAGAAGUCCAAAACGAAUCCAUUGUUAAGAAGGAUGUGGUUGCAAUGGAGGAAGAGGAAAAGGAGCAAGAGCAGGAUAUGAAGAAAGGGAUUGAAGUAAGAAUUGAAUUGGUGGAAGAUGGAAGCAGAGAAAAGGGUAAUGAUGAUGAUAAGGUUAGAGAAGCCAUUGAGGAUGAUCAAGACAAGGUGUUUAGCAGAGAUGAAAUUUUAGAACAACGAGGCUAUGGUGAAGGCGAGUCUUCGGAGAGGAUGGAUGAUAUUGAAAUUGAAGAACUGGAUAAAGAAAAGGAGAAAGAACACUUAUUAGAAUGUAAUGUUCAAAAGCCUAUAGUUGGGGAAAAUGAAGAGGAUAGGAAAUUUGAAGGGGAGAGCGCAGAAUCCCUUGAAUUUAUUGGGGAUGUGGGUUGUGAUAGAGAGAAUGAGAAAAACGGUGUGCGCUGUUUAAAAGUUCAACCUGUUGAUCAUGUGGAAAAUGGGGCUGACAAGAAUGUCGAAAGUAGGACAGAAGAGGAUAUGUCUGAGGACAAGAAUGUUGCAAUUCAGGAAGAAGAAGACGCAUCUAAAACUGCAGAACUCAACAAAGAUGUCCCUGAGAUGAAAGGAAGAGAGGAGAGAGAAAAGGCACCUCCAUUAGAAUGUAAUAAAGAGCCAAGAAGAAUAAGUGAGGAUAGGAAAUUUGAAGGGCAGAAUACAGAAUCCUAUGAAAAUACUGGUGAUGAGGUAGCUAGAAAGGAUGCAAAAAAUGGUGUGCAUCGUUCUGAAAUACAACCUCAUGUUUCUGUGAAGAAUGCGUAUGAUGAAAAUAUUUUAAGUAGGAAACAAGACGAUCUGCCUGAAGAUAAAAAUGAAAAUAUGGAUAAAGUAAUCCUGGCUACUAAGGUAAGAGAAAAGGUAAAAGGAGAUCAGACCAUUUCUAUGGGCAAGAGCAGCAAUGUUGAAACAGAGGGAAAGCUGGAUAACGCUGUCCCUGGGAUGAAGGGAACAGAAAAGUUAAAGGGAGGUCAGAACAUAUUUAGAGGAAAGAGCAGUGCGGUUGAAACGGAGAGAAUGGUGGAUGAUGAUGUGCCUGAGAUGCAGGAAAGUGAGAAGGUAAAGGGAGGUCAGACCAUUUCCAAGGGCAAGAGGAGUGUAGUAGAAACUGAGGGAAGAGGUAAAAGGAAAAAUUUUAAAACGCAGAAAAUUUCUGGAAAUAGGGAAGGACCUGAAUCAAGGAGAGAUGAGAGACAUGAAAAAUCUUCAUGCAAAGUAGAAAAAGCCACUGGAGAAACUAAGAAUACAUAUGAAAAAAAUGAUUUGAACAUUGUCCAAGACCCAAAGGAGAAGUAUGAAGAAACUGGGGAGGAGACGAAUGUAGAAAUAAUCGAAGAACAUAAUGGUAAGGAUGGAUCAAAUAGUGUUCCAAAUGAUAUCACCUUGCUUGAAAAAUGGGAUGCAGAUAGUAACAAAAUUAAUUUGGUAUGUAAGAAAUCAACAGACAGGGAAAAUGAAUUGAUUAAUGACAAGAAAGACAUCGCGCAGGGAGAGAAUUCUAAGGACGGUGCUGGCUUUGUUGUAUAUAGUGAUCCUGGCUGCGAGAAAAAUGAGGAAAAUACAAUCAGUCAAGAAGUGAGCUCAAAUGCUGAAGCUGAGGGUGGGAAUCAGAUUAGCGAGUUGUUUAUUUUGACAGAUCACAACGAAGCAGAAGCAAAUGAACCUGUAGUUGUUAUUUUACCAGAUGAAACCAAAGGUUCUGGGGAUGAUGUAGCCUUAUCGAGGGUACCUGUGUUGAAACAUGAUAUAGAUACAGAGUCGAAAGGCGAUGGAAAUGUUUGUGAGGCAGAUGGUGCUCAAAGUUCUGAUGAGGUGUUGCUUAAUGAAGAGAAGAUUUGGACACAGAUCGAUGCUGUCAAAGCAAUAGUUGGCUACAGAGAGCAACGAUCUGCAUCCAUCUAUGAAGAAGUCAAGGCUUUGUACUUAUUCACUGGAGUUGAGCCCCCCUCAUCAUCUGAGGAGUCAUCAGAUGUUGCAGAGGUUUAUGGAAGUCUCCGACUUCUCAUGUCAGUGAUCGGUGUGAAAUAACCAGCUCAGAAUUUUGCUGCUAGUAGAGUCAUCUGAAAUGCAAGGACGGUUAUAGUGAACUGAUUGAAAAUGUGUUCUGUUGGUUUUGUUCUAUGGUAAUGUAGGUUCUAAAGAUUUUUUAACAUUUUGUUAGACAAUCUUUGCUUCAGCCUAGCUGUUAAAAUUUGUGUGAA